AUGGCGACGCUACAGAAAUUCAAGUUUCUAGCUACACAGUGCGCAGUUAUCGGAAGCCCGACCCGAAGCCCGACCACAAGCCCGGUUAUCCACAUCCGCCGUCGCAAAACCCUACGAAUGCUGCUCGGAGGCCGAGGCAACAGCACCAGCGCAUUCAACCGCCGAUUCAUCCAUCACAGCAAUCGCCGAGUCGACUCGCCGGAACGGCCCAAACUCGCCGACCAGAAAUCGGCGAGUGAGAAGGAGAGUAAUCUUGGCGCGAGGCUUAAGCUCAAGGAUCUAUUCGUAUCUUCUUCUUCUUCUUCUCCUUCGCCGACGAAGGUUCCAGAAGAAGAUGAUCAGCGGAGAUUGUUACCGGCUACCGGAGGUUCCGGUGUCGGAGACGGCGGAUUGGUGGCGUCAAUGAGAGUAGGAAGCGGCGGCGUGAGGCCGUUUUCGGCGACGUUGAGGCAGAGAUUGUUGAUGAGGAGAGCGUGGCGGCCUGUACUGGUCGCUAUUCCUGAACAGUCGCCAUAA